AUGGAUAGAAAUCAAGGAAAUUGUGGUGAAACGCAAUCUUUUUGCGGAUCAAAAGAGAAUGAAAGGGCGGGUUCUUCAUUAAAGGGAAGGGAAGGGAAACGAGUGUGGAAGAAAGCGAAGUACCAACUGGUGGAAUACAAUUCAUUACCUGAGUAUUUGAAGGACAACGAAUAUAUCCUUGGUCAUUAUAGGUCUGAAUGGCCGUUAAGGCAGGUUUUGCUAAGUGUUUUCACUAUUCAUAACGAGACUCUCAAUGUUUGGACGCAUUUGAUAGGGUUCUUCUUCUUCCUCUCUCUGACUAUUUACACUGCUAUGAAGAUUCCAAAGGUUGUUGACCUUCCAACCCUGCAACAUUUCCCUGAUGUGCUGAGGAAAGCUGAUUUCCACAAAUUGCGUACAGAACUUAUUGAUUGUCUUCCGUCCUUGCCACAUAUGCCUGGUUUGCACAGACUUUUAGAGGAGUUAAAGACUUCGCUGCCUUGUAUGGAUAUGCCAUCAUUAUCUAAUUGGCAUAUUGUGGAACUCCUCUCUAACUGUUUGCCGGAGCGAUUCUCGAGCAACCACACUGAUGCUUCCGUUCUGCAUAGCAUGAAGGAGGAUGUGGGAAAUAUAAUAGCACCAUUGAUGGUGAGUCCAAUCACGCGUUGGCCCUUCUUCGCCUUUCUGGGUGGAGCCAUGUUUUGCUUGUUAGCAAGCAGUACAUGCCACUUACUCUCUUGUCAUUCUGAGCGCAUAUCUUACAUCAUGCUCAGGCUUGACUAUGCCGGGAUUGCUGCUUUGAUCUCAACGUCCUUUUAUCCUCCAGUCUAUUAUUCUUUCAUGUGCUAUCCCGUCCUCUGCGGUCUCUACAUAGGAUUCAUUACUCUCCUGGGCCUUUGUACAAUCUUAGCAUCCCUUCUUCCCGUAUUCCAAACUCCUGAAUAUCGUAGUUUUCGAGCAGCACUCUUCUUCGGAAUGGGCGUGUCAGGUGCAGUACCUAUUCUGCACAAACUCAUCUUAUUCUGGCACCAACCCGAGGCACUCCACACAACAGGGUAUGAAGUUUUGAUGGGAGCAUUAUAUGGUAUUGGAGCAUUGGUUUAUGCUAUGAGAGUUCCUGAGAGGUGGAUACCGGGAAAAUUUGAUAUUGCAGGGCACAGCCACCAACUUUUUCACAUCCUUGUGGUAGCCGGAGCUUAUACUCAUUACCGUGCAGGACUGAUUUAUCUCCGGUGGCGGGACAUGCAAGGGUGCUAG